UUAUGAUAACUUAUAUAUGUCAUUAACUCAGACAUAAAAUAAUGUGUUAUGAAAUUUCAACUCAAUUGUUUGAGUUUUCAAUCUUCCAAUUUAGGUUCAUAAGUUACUUCAAUGAAUCACAAAUUCCAGGUGUUUGAAUGAACUUGCCAUUUUAAAUUGAGUGGGCUACAAGUCUUUGGCGUGUUGUAUUGAGUGGAGGACAGCUCUUUGCGCAUGUGCGGGGGACUACAGACGAACAAAUUUACGCGCCAACAAGCAAACGAACUUCAAUCGGCCUGGUGCCUCAUUUUUCCCGUCAGAUAAGACGAGUCGUGUUGGCAUGAACAAGUUCGCUAUUGGUGUUUUAUGAUUUACCAGGCUCAGCUACUCAUUUGAUGAAGUGGACUUGUAAGUUUUGCAAUUUUUCCUCAUACAUUGAAAAGACUAUAGUGAAUCAUUACAAGGACAAGCAUGGACGUGGAAGAACAGGUUUUAGUUGUAUUUACCCGAAUUGUCUUACCGUCUUUCAAUCCCAUGUGGAACUUUUAAAACAUUUGACGGACCACAAACAAGGAACCAGUCCCAUUGCUAGACUUCGUUGUGAACUUUGUACUUUUUCAGCGCCAAGCAAUAUCAAACAUUAUUUUCUUCAUUUAAAGAGACAUUUGAUAAAAAGAGAGACUGUGAAUUGCCCAUUUGUGGGGUGCUGUUUUACAUCUAGAGUAGCCUCAACUUUUACUGCUCACAGAAGCCGAUAUCAUCAGCCUUCUACAUUCAAUAAUUUCAAACCUGAACUUAUUAUCCAUUGUCAAAGUCAAGCUUCUGUCAAUGAUGAACAGGAUAACUUUGAUUUAGAGUCACCAGAUGUUUCAGUGACUGAACCUGACUCUCAGCCUACACAGAAGUCAGUUGAGCGCAGAAUUGCAUCCCUUUUCCUUCGACUGCAAGCCGUCCUUCAUGUGUCAAAGUCUGCGAUUCAAGAAAUUGUGGAUGAUUUGUUUGAUAUUGGAAAAUGUGCUGGACAAAUAACUAGGGAGUCAAUUGAGAAUGUUUUGGAGAAGCAUAAUUGCACAUCUGAGGAAUGUUUGACAUCCUUGACCGAAUUAUUUCAAAGUGCUAACCCACUUAAUUUCCUUUCAAGAGAAGGAUCUUUAGGCACAGACUACAAAAGACAGUUAUAUUACAAAAAGAACUUUAGUGUCAUUGAACCUGUCGAAUAUCUUUUGAACAGACAAGAAAAGUUUCAUACUGUUAUCUAUAUCCCUAUUCUAAAGUUACUUUCAGAUCUUCUUAAAAAAGAAGAGGUACUGCAAGCACUGGGGAAAAACAAACCUGUUGAACAGUCUGGCUACUACAAGUCUUUUCUGGAUGGUGACUUCUAUAAAUCGAAUGGAAUCCUCUCAGGUCAAGAACUAAGUGUAGCUAUUACUUUGUAUAUUGAUGACUUUGAAAUCUGCAAUCCCUUGGGCACAUCAAAAAAAAACCAUAAAAUCUGUGGUGUGUAUUGGGUUAUUGGCAAUUUACCCUCUAGAUACAAGUCAACAUUGUCGUCAAUCUACCUUGCUUUACUGUGCAAGGCUGAGCAUGUCAGGAUUUAUGGUUAUGAUCGUGUUUUGAAGCCACUGAUUGAAGAUAUUAAAUGUCUUGAAACAGUAGGUGUGUUUGUAGAGAAACUAGGGUGUAAUGUUAAAGGCACCAUCUUGUUCGUUGCUGCUGACAACUUGGCAGCACAUUCCUUAGGUGGAUUCCAAGAGUCUUUCAAUGUUGAGAAGUUCUGUAGGUUUUGUCUAGCUAGUCGUCGAGACAUACAAACGUGUGAUGUUAGAACUGGGAACUUUGUUUUAAGGUCACCAGAAUCAUUUGAUGAAGCUGUAAAUGUCUUGAAGCAGACGGACCUUGCAUCUGUUGAUGGUGUGAAACGAGACUGCCCUCUCAACAGCCUGACAGGUUUUCACACAUGCACAGGCUUUCCACCUGAUUUUUUACACGAUGUGCUGGAAGGGAUUGUGCCUGUAGAACCAAGUAUGUGCCUUGCAGAUUUGAUUUCAAAGAAGUAUUUCACAUUAGAAGAGCUUAAUAGUGAAAUACAGAGCUUCCCUUUUAAAUUCUCGGAUAAGAGAAAUUGUCCUCAGAAAAUUCUUUCAACUUUUAAAAAGAGUGGAACUGUAGGUGGUAACGGCCACGAAAAUUGGAGUCUUGUGCGUUUCCUUACCCUCAUCAUCGGCCACCGUGUUCCAGAAGGGAAUCAAACAUGGGAAGUAAUCCUUGAGCUGAAAGACUUGGUUGAGCUCUUAGCGACUCCAUAUCACACUGAAGACUCGCUGUGUUAUUUGCAGUCCAAAAUAUCGGAUCAUAGACAGUUGCUACUGACAGUUUUCCCGGAUUACAAAUUGCGCCCCAAACAUCACUUUAUUGAACAUUAUCCUUGCCUUAUUCAAAGAUUUGGACCCUUAAUAGAGUGUUGGACAAUCAGGUUUGAGGCUAAGCAUUCUUUCUUUAAGAAGGUAGUGCGUGAUGCCAAUAACUUUAAAAAUAUUCUGCUUACCCUUGCCUCAAGACACCAACUUAUGCUUGCAUAUUAUCUUGAAAUGCCCAGCAUUUUCAAGCCUGAGAUUGAGACAGCAAAAGUGACAGAUGUGUGCCUGGGAGUCUUAGAUGGUGGUCUUAGACUAGCAAUCUUGAAUAGAUUCAGUGAUGUUGACACAGUUGGACUGACCCCUAAUGUCUUCUUAAAUGGAACGCAGUAUUCAAAGGGAAUGAUAAUUUCUGUUGGAAGUACAAGUGGACUACCCAACUUCGGAAGGAUUUUGGAAAUAUGCAUUGUGCUGGAUGGUCAUGUUUGUUUCUUCGUUGAACCUUUUUCGACUUACUAUGUGGAGCAUUUGAGGAGUUACCAUCUUGUGAAGAAAAGUCCUGCUGAGUGUCUCUUGGUGAAACCAGAGGAUCUCAAUGACUACAUGCCACUUGUGUCAUACCUUGUCCAGGGUCGCCUGUUAACCACUCCUAGAACAUUCUUGCUGAAUUAAGGCUGCUGCCGAAGUGAUCCACGAUGCUGCUGCGAGUUGUCCUCUCUGAUAUGGAUAUCAGGCGCCUUUCCAUCGAAAUCACCCCCCCUAGUGUUGAUGCACUGUGCCAGGUGUUGCGUGCAAACCUUGGCCUGAGAGGUGGAUUUAUUUUACAAUUUGAGGACCCUGCGUUCAAGGAUCAGCUGACCAAUUUGACCGACAUCCGAGACCUUCCUGAGGAGAGAGCAACAUUGAAAGUGUUGUUCACAGCUGAUGCAGCUUGCUCGGAUUCCACAUUGGAUUCAGCCAGCCUUCCAUCUCUCAGUAGUGGGGAAUCUGACUCCCAGCACUGGCCUGAGCCCUUCCCGAUUCCAGAGUUCUCGCAUGAUGUUGAACUCACGCUGCAAGAAGCAAAUGGAAGAUAUGCAAAAGAUGGAUCUGUGCUGGUGAUUCCUAAAGGUAUGAAAACUGAUAUCCUGGACACACUUGCAGACAGCAUGUCAAAGAUUAGUCCUUAUCCUGAGAGGCAACACUAUGAGAAUGUUGCGAAAGCGCUUGUGGAGAAGCAUCCCAGUCUAAAAGAGCCAGGGUCUGGAAAGGGUUGGUACGGCUGGUUCCACAGCCUGAAGUUUAAGCUCGGAAACUAUCGACAGAAGUUAAGUGCAGCUGGAUGCCCAGAGGUGAGGGUCAACAAAAGAAAAGGAGAAUAAGCCAAGGGACCACGUAUGAAGAAGUCAAAGAAGGGCGAGGUCCACUUCUGUCCAGAUCCCCCUGAAGGACUAAGUGAUGAAGACAUGGAAGAAAAGCGGAUGUUGAUGGAGGUGGAAGUGCUCAAAAAAGACCCAGAUCACCAGCAGAUAGAUGAGCUGAUGUCUGCCACGUUCUCCAAGCGCAGAAAGGAGAUCGUAGGGGAUCAACCUCUCAUUGGGGAUGUCAUAGCUAGAUGGCCGGCCAUGUUCUGUGAGAGACAGGUUCGGACAGAGUUCAAAAGAGUCGUAAGCAUAGACCUUCUCGAGUCGUUCCUUGAUGGACUUGACGACCUGGCACCACGACUGCUGGAAGUGUACGAAGCUGCGACCAAGUCGGCAAAGAUGCCUGCACUGAAAGCCAUUUUGGACUGUCUGAAGAAAGAUGACACAAACGACAGGAGAAGGAUUGCUGCUCUGCUGGGUCUGCCACACUAUCUAAGAGAAGAGCCAUCAGACAUCAUCAGGAUGUGUGACGCCCAUGGUGAGACUCUGGCUGCAGCCAUGGAGGGGAUGCAACUUGGCCUGUUGAUAGGCCAUGAAGGUGACAACCAGGAUGCCUUUCCACGUGAGGUCUUCAAUGUGGCAGUUGUGGUUGAGGAGACUGUUGUGCUUCACAACUUCAAGGAUGUGCCAUCCAGCUUUGCCAUGCUUUUAGGGAUCAUCUACUGCGUUAACCUUGAGUAUCCACGAGCCAUGAAGUAUUCCUUUGAGUUCAUUCAGAGGGUAGUGAUGAAGAUCAAACCAGAUCAAGCCUCUGCCAGAGUCCACGGCAUCCGAAACAAGCUCCUGAGAUAUAAUUUGUAAACCAUGCCCCACCUGAGAAUAGGAUUGGAAUUCAUUUUUUUCUGUUGACAUGCGUUCCAAAUUUGAAGGCAAAAGCACUUAAGCAAACAGGAGAGGAGCCCUGAUUUUUUUGUUGGACUGAAAACAUUUAAUUCUGAAUAUUGUUCAAAUAAUGGGGUCAAAAGUAUACUGUAUUCAAGUUUCAAAUAUUUGUAAACAACCAGCUGCAGUCUGAAGUUUUAGAUUUGUUUGUGUUUGGGGUUCAGCACAGCUUUUGGUAUAAGUUAGCUUGAUCUGUGAGAUUAAUGUUUUUAAGGUUUUUUAAAUGUUUACAUUUAAAACCUGUUCAAUAUUUCAGUGUUGUAAGGAAAAAAGCUAAUGCUUUUAAAAGAAUUUAUUUUCUUUUGGGUUAAUAUGAAUAGUGUUCAGUACAGCUUUGGGUGACCUAAUGGGCAUAUGACAAGCAGAGGGGUGUGCACGUGCAUAUAGAAGGUGAGAUGUUUCCUGCAGUAAUCAUCAGUCAACUUAACCUCAUUAGGUCACACAACAAUAACAAUGAUAAACAACUUAGAUGACAGGCAGUGAUUUUUUUUUUUGACGGUGCUGAAUAUAGAUAUCUAUACUGCUGUAUGUGUCUAUUGGUCUAUCUAGCCUAGAUUCAGCAUGACCAACUUCUUGGUUGACAACAGGCACUGCAGACAACUGCAGGAAACACUUCCCAUCAUCCACCUUCUAUACACACACUGAGAAAUACUUGUGGAGUCUGCUUGGGAUACCCCCUCAUAGUGUAAGCUCACACGAAACCCUUCUAUUUAUCUUAGCCUCAUUAUGUGACCCACACCCAACUGAAGUUUGGUAUUGAUUACAAUUUUGAGAUGAUUUCAUGAAUGAAGUGUUUGUAUAGCUUGUAUUGGCUUAACAUUGGUUUUAAUAAAAAAAAACUUUUGUACUCAAA